AUGGGGAUAUGGGGUUUACUGAAACGCAACGCUCCGGAUCUAACGGCUGCGAAGAACUUGUUCUCCACAGCUUACGGUUAUGGGUCAGCCACCGUUACCCAUAUCGAUAACGCCGUCGGGGGUAACUUGAAGCGCUACCUUCAGGACGAGGAAGCCCGUUCCAGGAUCCUCCAAUUGGGCACGAACAUCAUUAAACACACAACCAUCGAGGGCCUCAAAGCCAUCCCAGGUUACAAAAUUUUUGCUAAUUCAAUCCGAGAGUUGGAGGAGUCCGAUAAACAAGAAGUGGAUGUGAAGGCAUUGGAGGCUGAUCUAAGCAGAUUGAAGAAAGAUUUCAGUGAAUACAGGAAAGUGCAUGAGCCAGAAGUGGAUGUGAAGGCAUUGCAGGCUGAUGUAGUCAGAUUGGAGAAAGAACUCAGUGAAUACAGGAAACCUCGUAAGCAAGUCCAGAUAGACAAGGCAAGUGCAGAUUUGAAGUCAGCAAAUGCCUCCAACAUUCAUUCAGUUGCAAAGCAGAAACCGAAGUUGUGA